UAUCUUUUAAUACAUUCUCGAAUCCUGUGGGUGAACGACUUUUAUUUUGAAAAGAACUGGCAUUGGGAACUUGGCAUUGACUCGUACGGCUUUCACAGUUUCCGCUUUCAUUUCUGUAGAAACGCAGAAUAGAAACUGUACUACAAAUAACAACGCUACACAGCAGCCCAGCAGUGGUCUCAGGUCUGCGCAGACAUGUCGGGCUACUCUCGGAUCAUACAUUAUGCGACCAGCGUAUUAUGCAGCAAUAAAGGCUCUAUGGAAAUAUCUCAGCUGCACCACAAGGUCCUCCAGCGCUUUGAUGUCUCCGAAGAGGAUUUCUGGUAUGUCGUUAAGAAAUGCUCCCGCUUCGCAGUGGUCCAGAGCAAACCCACAACAGAGGAUGGAGAGUCUGACUGCAUCGUCGUCGCCAAAACAUCUCUGAGACUCUGCAAUAAAUAUUCCAAGAAUGAAUGUUACGAGUGCCAGGAUUUACAUCUGUGCAAAUAUUACGUUUACGGGAACUGCAGAUAUGGAAAAGGAAGGAAGGAGUGUAAAUUCUCCCAUGAUAUCCAGUCACAGCAUAACUAUCCCCUGCUGCGGGAAUGUACACUUCAUGAAUUGAACGAGGAUGAUCUCUUCCUGCUUCUGCUCCAGAAUGACCCUGCCCUACUGCCAGAGGUGUGUGCUCACUAUAAUAAAGGCACAGGGCUUUUCGGGGCCUGUACCUUUAUGGAGCGCUGCACUAAGGUGCACAUUUGUCAGCACUUUGUGCAAGACGACUGCCUGUUCGGCCCCAAGUGCAAACGGCUGCACAGUAUCAACGAGCACAGCUGCAGGAUGCUGGAGGAACGUGGUCUCGGGGGUGACAUCAUCCAUGACCUGCCCUACAUCUACCAGAACGUUUAUCGCCUCAACUCACAAACUCUAAGCAGUGAACUGAUAUCUGAUCAAGGCGUCAAACCGGCUGCUCAGAUGGAGAAGAAUGAAAUCUGUCUCCACUUCAUAAGACGGAAAUGCAAGUUUCAGGACCAGUGCGUUCUUGUCCACUUUAAUCUUCCAUACAAAUGGGAGGUUGAUGACGGGAAAGGCUGGAGGGAUUUGAGAAACAUGGAGGAAAUAGAGAGAGCUUACUGUGACCCAAAGAAUGAACACAGUCCAGGCUCGAGACCGGUGGAUUUUGGGUCCAUGACUAGGAAACAUGACCCUGUGCGCCGACUCUCAACGGUCUCUUCCGUCUCUAAACCCACCCACUACAUCCUGACAACAGAGUGGAUUUGGUACUACAAAGGAGAUCAUGAAAACUGGAUAGAGUACGGUCAGCCGGAUGACAAGCAACGUGUGACGUCUGUAACGUCCCGAGAGCUGGAGAAAGCAUUUCAGGAGGACAACAAUGCAGAAGUUACUGUCAUUAAGGGAAAUAGGCAUUACUAUGUCAGUUUCCAAGAUAUGUAUCAAAGAAACCCCAAACACAACACAAAGAGGAGGGUACGCAGACGACCACGCUUUGUGUCUAUCAAUGAGGUGGAGGCUAAAGCUGCCCAGUGACAGACCCACACACACAAACACACACUGUUUAUGUACAAGAGGACUGACAUUCAAAUUAUGAGUUACUGCUUAGGUUUUGUGUCACUUUUCCAUUCAUAAUUUGAGGAUAUAUAAAUUAAAUGCAAAUGCUUUGAUUAAAAUGAUAUUUAAGU